AUGGCGAUGCUGAAUAUUGAAGCAGUAUCGCCACAAAUGGAUUCAAAUUUCAACGCCAAGAUUCUCAAUUAUCGGUUGGCUGAAGAAGGAAAAUAUGCGGUUUACCGCAUUCAAAUCACUAUCGACUCCUAUACGUGGACUGUUGAACGGAGAUACAGCGAAUUCGACAAUUAUGACGUCGUUAGAUUCCCUGAUCGUAAAAAAUCGUUUUUGCCGCCGAAGAAACGAUUGGGAAAUAAAGACGUUGAAUUCUUAGAAGAGCGUCGAAUUGAGCUCGAGAAAUAUGUUCGAGCCCUUUUGGAGCUUGAAGUUUGGUAUCAGAAGCAGAAAAAAGUGCACUCACUUCCAUUGCUCACUGCGAAAUUUUUCGACUUUCAUCAAUAUGUGAGUUUGGCAAUUUAA